AUGACCAUGCACAAAACAAGUUUGGUGCGUGUCAACACACCACGUGAUGAAGGUAUCAAAUUGCAAGGGUGCAGCCCUGCGGUUGUCGAGGUUCCAUAUGCGAAGGGCAAACAUAGAAAUGCUUGUGCAAGGGAGAAAUGGAAAAAACUAUUUCUCCCAAAGAUCCCUACCGCAAGUAGCUCACAGCCUCCAAAGCCCAAUGUCACCCAGUCAUCUUCGCAACCACAGACUGCCAUCCCUGGUUCACCCUCCACACCUCCCAUUGGCGAUGCUAUUGGCAUAGCCAUGACCUCAACGACCUCACACCCAGAUGCAACAAUAAGACAGGCUGGACUUUGGACUCACUUCUGGCUCUUUCUCGGUUGUCUCUCUCCUGAAUAUACGGAUGGUCAUCAUUAG